AUGGCUGGUUCACAGAACCUGUUGACAUUCUGGGAUGUGGCCAUAGAAUUCUCUCCAGAGGAGUGGGCACGCCUGGACAUUGCUCAGCGGAAUUUGUACAGGGAUGUGAUGAUAGAGAACUACAGAAACCUGGUCUCCCUGGGACUUGCUGCCUCUAAGCCGGACCUGAUCAGGUGUCUGGAGCAAAGCAAAGAGCCCUGGAAUGUGAAGAGAGUAGAGGCAACAGCUAAACACCCAGGUAGGUGA